AGCUGUAGUUGGUGCAGAAAAGAAAAUGGCUGCUACUGUAAAGAAAGUGAACAAGAAAGGGAAAGUUUUGCCAAAGGAGGAGGAGGUGGAAGAGGUGUCUGUGGAGAGUGAGGAGGAAGAAAAGCUGGAUGAGGUCCCUGAGUCAAGUCUGUCUGGGUUUGCGGCAUCUGAGCCCCCUGUGCAACAUGUUGCGGAACUACAAGUCUCUACAUCUGGAGCUUCAGCAAAGCUUGGUGAAUCCCAAGCUACCUGUGUCCCAGAGAGCACCCCCCAAGGAACAAGCAGGUCCCCCAUAGCUAUGGAGGAGGAAUGUACUGUGGCCAGCGCAGACUGGAGCCCUUGGUCUGGUAUUUGCAUCAGUCAGGGAGCAGAGGGGAGCGGUGCUUUGCCUGGGGAAAAGGAAGGUACAAGCGGCUGUACUGACACACAAGCAGCUGCUGCUAUGGACAGUGACCCCCAGCUGAGGGAGAAAGCAGGUACCAGCUGCACUGCUGUAAUGGAGGCCGGCCAUGUGCUUGGGAAGGAGGACGCCAUUUUGGAAGCAGAGACAGGCUUGUGCACAGCAAAGGGGAAGCUCCGCCCACCCAGUGAAAGCUGCAGAGGGUCCAGCAGAGACAGUAAGAAAGGAAAGAUUCCAGCAAAGAAUCAGGGAACCCCCCCCACAAAUGGCACCGACUGCUGCUGCUUCAGCAGAGGGAGGAAUGGAGGCAAGCAUGGACUGUGGCUACCUGGCAGAGACUGUGGCUUUACAGGUGCUGGAGGAGAAAUCUGCAGCUAAAAUCACGGAGGAGGAGGUAAAGUUGGCGAUAGAGAGUCUGCAGAAUAAGAAAGCUCCAGGUCCGGAUGGCUUAACAUCAGAAUUCUAUAAGACCUUUAAAGAUCUGUUGGCUCCGGCACUUGUUGAGGUGUUU